AUGGAUAAUAAUGUAGAAAGAAGAGAAGGGGAAGAUGGAGAUGAUUCAAAUGAUGUGUUUUUAUAUAAUAACGAAACACAUCAUGGUUCUGAAUUUUGUAAUAUUUUAUGCAUAUUUAUAUUUUUUAUGGCAUUAUUUAUUAUUAUGAUUGCAAUUGUUGAUAAUAAGGCCCCAAAUAAUAAUGACAGAAAUUAUAAUUCAGAAAAUGAAAAUAUUUCAAAUAACUUAACAAAUGAUGAUGUUAUUAAUAACUUUUUAGAAAAUGCUGUGAUACAAAGUUUUGAUUUUAAAGGUAAUUAUAAAAUUAAAAAAAAAAAUAAAAUAAAACAUGAACAGGACAGGAUUUUUAGUCCCAAAAAUGAGCAAGGUGGGAACAUUUUUGAAGGAAAAAUAGUUACUUUAAAAUUAGCUCUUCAAAAUAUUACAAAAUCUUUUUUGUUUCUUCACUUUUAUCCAACUAAUGUUAAUAUUAAAGAAAUAAAAAAUGAAAAAAAUAAUCCAGAGAUUAGAAACGAGUGGAAUAACAAGGUAGGAUCAAAUUAUUAUUUAAUUUAUGAACAAAGAAAUAAAAAAGAUGAUAAAAAAUUUGAAUAUAUUGGGAUGACAGGGAUAAAUAUAAAUACAAGUCAAAAUUAUAUAUUUAAUGGAAAUGGAUACAAUAUAUCUACAUUUUGUAAUGAUGUGUUAAAAGAAAAUUGUAUAUGUAAUUAUACUGCACAUAUAAAACUGAACACAAAAAUAAACCAAUUAACAUCUAUUCGAGAGAUAGAAGAAACAUAUUUUUACUCUCUAAAGAAAUAUAUAAUAGAUGAGCAAAAUUAUUUUAAUAAUACCAUCAAUGAAAAGUAUCGAAAGUAUUAUAAACAAACUAUGGAAGCUGUUUCGUCACAUUUGCCGGGCGGCGAUAUUGAAAAGGGUGCCAAUAAUAUUGGCAUAAACAAUAUUGGCAGUGGUAGUGGCAGUGGCAGUGGCAUAGACAAUAAUGGUAGUAGUGGCAGUGACGGUGGGGGGGGGCAUUACCAGGGGGUGCUGAUGUCAAACGAUUGCGAUUUUGAAGUGAGUUUAGAAGGAUAUGAUGAAGAUAAUGUAUAUUUUUCCAAAAAAGUUCGAAAUUUUAUUUUGAUGUAUAACUUAAAAUCUUUAAUUGAGCUUGGGUUAUUUUAUAAACAAAUAAAAAAUAGUGAGAAUGUAAGAAAUGCAUCAAAAAUAUCAAUUAUAACAAUAUGCUUAAAUUCAUAUAUAGAAAUUUUUGAAGCAUUAAUUCUUUUAUAUCAAGUUUUAUUUUCAAAAUUAUUAUUAACAUCUUAUAUGGCUAUGAUAAUGUUCAAAUUUGUAUUAUAUACACUUAUGGAAAUACGAUAUAUUUUAUUAAUUUGGAAAGCUAAUAAUAGUAACAAUUCAGGAAAUAAUAAUUGGGAAUACAUGCAAAAACAAUUAAGCAUUUUAUAUAAAUAUUAUUAUGGUUUUGUUUUAUUACUAAUUGCAAUAUUUUAUUAUAUUUUUCCAUAUUUUCCUUAUUUAAUAUUAUUUAUAUAUCUAUGUUGGGUUCCACAAAUAUGUUUAGAUAUAUGGAAAGGACAGCAUAAAUCAAUAAGUUUAAGUUUUGUUUUUUUAUUAUCAGCAUGUCGAUUGUUUUUACCAAUAUAUAUUUUUAUGUAUCCCUAUAAUAUAUUUCAGUUAGAUAUAUUUUCAAAAGUUGGUGAGUUAUCAAAUAUCACUUUUAGUUUUAUUAUUAUUUUUUGUAUAUUAUUACAGCUUAUAUUUAUGUACAUUCAACGAAUAUAUGGGCCUCGAUAUUUAUUUAAUAUAAAUUUACUUCCCCAUGUUCACAAUUAUUAUCAAAAUUUAGAUCCGAAUUUUGAAGCAGGAAUACAAGAGUGUGUUAUUUGUAUGUAUAACAUUAUAUUAAAUAAUAAAAAAUAUUGCAUCACUCCAUGUUAUCAUAUUUUUCAUGAAAAAUGUUUACAACAGUGGAUGACUAUUAAGAUGGAGUGCCCAACAUGUCGUGGUUCGCUUCCUAACUUUCCUUAA